UAAAAUGGCAGAGGCCUGUAUUUCAGUGGAGCAGUUCAGCUGUCCGGUGUGUCUGGAUCUCCUGAAGGAUCCAGUGACCAUCCAGUGUGGACACAGUUACUGUAAGAGCUGUAUUACAGACUGCUGGGAUCAGGAGGAUCAGAAGAGAGUCUACAGCUGCCCUCAGUGCAGACAGACCUUCAGUCCAAGACCUACUUUAUCUAAGAAUGUGGUGUUUGCUGAAAUGGUGGAGAAACUGAAGACCAAAGUCCAAAGUGCUGUUCCUGCUGGAGCUGGAGAUGUGCAGUGUGACGUCUGUACUGGAAAAAAAUACAAAGCCGUCAAGUCCUGUCUGGUGUGUCUGAACUCUUACUGUCAAACUCAUUUUGACCGUCAUGAGGAAUUUAAUUCACGUAAGCCACACAAAGUGAUUGAUGCCACUGGACGACUGCAGGAGAUGAUCUGCCAGAAACAUGAGAAGCUCCUUGAGGUUUUCUGUCGCACUGAUCAGAAAUGUAUAUGUGUGCUGUGUAUGGAUCAACAUAAAAAUCACGAGACUGUAUCAGCUGCAGCACAGAGGACAGAGAAACAGAAGCAGCUGAAGGAGACGCAGAAGACGUUCCAGCAGAGAAUCCAGCAGAGAGAGAAAGAUCUUCAGCAGCUGAGAGAGGCUGUGGAGUCUCAUAAGCGCUCUGCACAGACAGCAGUGGAGGACAGUGAGAGGAUCUUUACUGAGCUCACCCGCUCCAUUGAGAGACACCGCUCUGAGCUGAUACGGCUGACCAGAGAUCAGGAGAAGACUGCAGUGAGUCGAGCUGAAGGACGACUGGAGCGACUGGAGCAGGAGAUCAAUGAUCUGAGGAGGAGAGACGCUGAGCUGGAGCAGCUGGAGCACAAACAGGAUCACAGCCAGUUCCUGCAGAGUUUGCAGUCUCUGUCUGUUUCAGAAUGUAGACACAGCACAGCACUUCACGUGACUGUUAGCUCUCAGCUGACUUUUGAUGAAGUGAGAAGAUCUGUCUCUCUACUGAGAAAAGAGAUUGAGGAUUUUUGCAAAGAUGAAAUAGAAAUUAUAUCUGAUAAAGUGAAAUUCGUUGAGAUCAUUCCUUCCCCUGAACCCAAAGUCAGAGAAGAGUUCUUACAAUACUCCUACCAGUUGACUCUGGAUCUGAACACAGUGAAUCCAGUCCUCGGACUGUCUGAUGGGAACAGAGUUAUCUUUCAGGGUGACAUGAACUAUGGGUACCCUGAACAUCCAGACAGAUUUGAUUACUGGGAGCAGGUGUUGUGUAGAAAGAGUGUGUGGACGCUCUUUCUGGGAGGUUGAGCGGAGUGAAAAUGGUAUUGUGGAUGUAGCAGUGUCAUAUAAGAAUAUCUGUAGGAAGGGAGAAGUUGAGAGGAG